ACCGCUGAUUAUUAGCCAAAUGAGAUCCUUCUAAUAGAACAAAUAGUUCAACGAACCGUAUUCUCUAACGAGAGAUCUAAUUAAUGGUCGCUUGAUCAAACGACAGCGUGAUCGUUGCUAUAACAAAUAUCUCGUAGCGUGAUUUUCGGAGUUUUGAACAGAGAGAAAGAGAAUGAGAGAGAGAGAGAGAGAGAGAGAGAGAGAGAGAGAGAGAGAGAGAGAGAGAGAGAGAGAGAGAGAGAGAGAGAGAGAGAAUUCUCGAUUUCAUCUUUAUUUUUGAGAAAUUAUAAUUUAACGUAUACGAAUGAACAAAAUGAUAAUAUAAACACGGUAAAGUUUGAAUUAAUAUUAUUUUGAAUAAUAAUUCUAUCGGAGAAACUGAAGUGUUGUUGCCUACGUACACAUAUAUAGACGAUGGGAUAUUUUUCCAACGCGUUAUACAAAAUUACAACGAGAAAUUUAAUUAAUACGUAAAACGAUAUAUGAUCGAGCAACGAGCAAGUUCCUUACAGAAUUGUAUCUACAUAUUACAGAUUUGUUUAAAUUUAUGAUAAAAAUAUUUUUCACUUGGAUACUUAAAUUACAAUCAUCUCAUCAUUAAUUAACGUGUAUUAAUGCUUAAGAAAUCAGACCGAUGUAACAUCAAUUCAACAGCAACAAAAUUUCAUGACUGAUUUAUUGAGAAAAAUCAGAUUCGAAAUAAAGAAUUGCAAAUGGAAGAAGAAGAAAAAAGGAAACAAAAAAAAAGAGAAAAAGAAAGAGAGGAAGAUAGAAAGAGAAAGAGAGAGAAAGAGAUAAUCCUUGAUAGGAAAAUGAAAGUACGACGAAGAACGAACGAAUGAUAAAUCAUUUACAAAGUAAAACGUUUCGUUAACAACAACAAUAAUACAGCAACAACAGAAAACAUCACCACCACUAUCAACAACAACAAUAACAACAACAAUAACAAUAACAACAACAAUAACAACAACCACACCAUCUAACUCCUUCCUUAAAGCAUACACUUUCACGUACACAGUUACACGAAUUGAUUAGAAAAGGACCUAGUAGUAAAGUACGGCGAAAGAAAGGAGAGAAAAAGAAAUAUACGAGAGCACAGCAACAAGAGUUACAACUCGGCUGGUAGGUUUUCACUCUGGAAGAUUGUAUUCUCAGUUUUCACCACCGGCAGCACCAGCACCAGCACUACUGUUACUUCUACUACACUACUACUACUACUACUACUACUACUACUACUACUACUACUACUACUACUACUACUACUACUAUUACUACUACUACUAUUACCACAAAUACUGUAAAAGCAAUCGUCAUAGUACGUAGAUUUUCCACGUUCUAUAUCAAAGUAGGGAAAGGACAACUAGACGCGGUGUCGGUGUCUUCGACGUCGGCCGCCGUCGUUAUGGUAAAAGUGUGUUGGUACGUGCCCACGUUACUUCUGGAUAAAGUCCGAGGUGAGGGGUGGUGUAAAAGGUUGUGUAAGUGUGUGCGCGGUAUCGUUUGGUUCGAUACGUGCGCGCGCGCGGCGCAAACGAAUCGGCUCUUCGCGGACAGUGCCGCCACAGCUCUCGAAAGAGACGCCCGUGAUUUUGCACCCCCGCUCGCUCGAACCAGAAUCUACCGGACUAUACGACGAGGGUGCACCACGGCUCUCUUCUACCCGUCUAUCUCUUUCUUUUUCUUUUUCUUCUUCUUCUUCUUCUUCUUCUUCUUUUUCUUCUUCUUCUUCUUCUUCUUUUUUUUCUUCCUCUUCCAUUUCCUCCAUUUCUUCCUCAUCUUCUUCCACCUUUACCAUUUCUCUUUCUUUCUCUUUUCCUUCAUUUCCUCCUCUUCCUCUGAUUCCAUAUCCUUCCCUUCUUCUAUCCCUCUCAUAUCCCUUCUUACCCUUUGCUCAAGUUUACCCCGUUCUAUAUUCGUCCAACCCUUAACAUUUGUCCUCGCCUCAUUCUUAUUCCUCUUCUUUUAUUUUCAUCGGUUUGUCUCUUUUCCUUUUACUUAUCUUUCUUCUUGUAUUUCUUCUUCUUCUUCUUCUUAUUAUUAUUGUUAUCGUUAUCAUUUUUUUAUUCACCUCAUGUCCUUUCCUCGUACCUUUGGCGUCCUCCUCGUGAAAGCCCGAGCACGCUCGUGACGUGCGUUCUAACGCUACGUUAAACGUAAGCGUACAAAUUCGCGAGUGCAGUUCGAAGGAAUAUAUCAAGAGGAGGAGGAGGGGGAGGAGGAAGAGGAGGAGGAGAAAGAGGAGAAGGAGGAGAAGGAGGAGAAGGAGAAGGAGGAGGAGAAGGAAGAAAAGGAACAGCACCUAUUGAGCCUCCCAGUAUUUUUGUGAUUGUGAGAUGGUGUUCGUGAACGUGCUGGUGCUGGUUGCUACCCUCUGAUUGAAGGAAGGAAGGAAGGAAGGAAGGAAAAAAAGGAAGAGAUAGAGAGACAAAUACGGAGAGAGAACUAUCGUUAGAUAAGAAUAAUUUUUUUUUAAAGAAAAGGAAUUUAUUAAGAACGCUAGUAUUACAUAUAAAAAAAAAAAAUAAAAUAAAACGAAAUAAAACGAAACGAAAGGAAACAAGAGGAACCAAAAGAGCCAAAAGUAAGAAGCAAAAAAGUAGAAAGGUGAAGGAGAAAGAAGAAAAAGGAAGCAUCAUCGAGAAAAAGAAACAAACAGGGAGGUUUUUCUUAGCAAUGAGGAAGGACAGUUUCGCGUUGACGAAUGCCGCCGUUAUGAUUCGUCGGGAGUGUAUCGACGAUGAGUUCCUGCCUUUGGUUGUUCAAGGAGAAGGUUAAGAUCGUUAUAAGAGUAGAAGCGAGCGAAGAAAGAGAGGACAGAAGAAGAAGAGAUCAAAAAAGAAGAGGAGGAAGAAGAGUAGGAGUAGGAGGAGGAGGAGGAGGAGGAGGAGGAGGAGGAGGAGUAGGAGUAGGAGGAGGAGGUGGAAGAGAAGGAGGAAGAGGUGGAGGAAGAGAAAGAAGAGGAGAAGAAGUCCGAGUAGUCGGAGGUGUAGGAGUAGGAGCAGGAGGAAGAGUAGGAGGAGGAGUAGGAAGUGGAAGAAAAAGAAGAAGAAGAAGAAAAAGGAAGGAGGAGAAGAAGAGAAAGAAGAAGAGGAAUAAAAAGGUGACGGUAGUAGGAUCAUCAGAGAUGGAAAGUACAAGGUGAUGAAUAAAGCGCAGAGAUCCCAAUGAUAUCUCGGCGAGGUGGAAGCGAGGGGUGUAAAGGUCCACCCAGUAGUCCGCCGAGUAGCGGUUCCGAGGACAACGGAUUUGUUAAUCGUCCUCGGGUGGCGGGUCUCUACGUAAAGAAUCUUAGCAGAGAGGAGUUGGACAGUUUAGCGGAGGAAGGGAUUUACGGGCCAAAGGGUGAUCCAAGUGAUGAGAGAAGAAGAGACGGGGGUAGUCAAAGAAGUUUGAAUCUACCCGGUACCAGUCGGGAGUUCGAGGGACAUCAUCGUUAUCCCGUAGCAUAUACUUCUAGGACACCUCAACCACCUAGAAGAUCGGGGUUCGGUGUUAGAUAUCAUGAGAACGAAAGAAGACUCGAACAUCAUGGUUCCGUGCCAAUCGAGAGAGCUUGGUCCAGACGGGUUUUUGAGGAGACGGGCUCGAGGGUUCACGGGUCACCCGUACGAGAAUCAUUCGGUUCCGGUGAGAGUUGGAAAUCGGUUCACGGUGUACGCAGGGUCGAUUGCAAUUCACCAAGAGUUAGCAGCACCGCUGACCUACGGGGAGUCACGAUCGAGCCGAGAUCAUCCGGUUCUCGGAAUACGGAUUUGGUCUUUGAAAGGAGCCGCUCGAGGAGCCCCGAGGAACCGCCGGUUCCUCCUACAGCCCGUAGGACGCGAACGAGGACGGACGAUCGGGAUUCGCCUAACAAUAAUAAGGGCCAAACGACUAGGCGCUCGCCCCCACCUUACGCGGGCUUGAGUCCACCUGAAUACACGGUUUACGACGAUUAUGAUUACGAGGAUGGCCUAUCCAGGCUUUUCCCGAGAUGCACAGGGAGAUCAUACGCCGAGAGUCCUCAGUACGAACAACCAAAGAUAACGAAUAUUACGGAUGGAGAAAUAUUAAUAGAUAAUGAAACGACCGAAUCGAGCAGUAGGGAUAUGGUUAAGCCGGAGGAAAAUAUUCAAACCGAUACGAUGACGCGAAUUUCGCCGACGACGAAUGAUAAUAACAGUCCGACGUUGAAGGAAAACGAACAGGAGGUAUCAACGAGCCCAACGAAAAAGUCAGUAUCGAGGGUCCAGGAUAGUACGAGAUUGCGACCGCCAUUGGCUGGUACAGCAGGUACAUCUGCGGAUUCUGGUACCGGUGAUUCCGGAAGUGCCGAGAUUCAAGCCGACACCAUGGGUACUCCAAGAGGUAGCACGACUAUACCACUUGAUACCGUUGUCGCUAACGUCGAUGGGAAAUCACCUGGCUCUAAAACACCUGGCAAGAACGUUAAACAAACGGUCAAACCAUUUACCAAAGAGAGCCUUGACAGGUUAGAAAACCGAACCGUACAAUUGGUCAGAGAUUAUGGAUUUCAACCUAAAAGGAAGAUGUCGGUCGAAGACGGUGCCGUUCUCCCAAUGAAAUUCGAACCUUUCCCGACCGAACUUUAUGGCAGGCCACUCGAAGAAAUCGAUAACUUUAUAUACGACGAGACUUUCUGCGUGGUGUCGAAGAGAUUUCGAAAGAAUUACAUCCAUAGGUUCACCGCGACCAAUAGUUGGUUUAUAUUUUCCCCGUGGAAUCCUAUAAGACGGUGUUGCAUCUUCCUAAGUACUAAUCAGUACUUCGAUUACAUGGUUAUGGCCACCAUACUACUUAAUUGCGUCUUCCUGGCCAUGACCGAAACCGUUGAAGAAGCCGAAUAUAUCUUCCUAGCCAUAUACACGGCGGAAAUGGUGAUAAAAUCAAUAGCCAAGGGAUUUAUAUUGAACAAGUAUACCUAUCUAAGAAAUCCUUGGAAUUGGUUGGACUUUGUGGUGAUAACUAGCGGGUAUGCUACUAUCGGUAUGGACGUUGGAAAUCUGGCUGGCCUUAGGACAUUCAGGGUGUUGAGAGCAUUUAAGACUGUAUCCAUAAUGCCAGGCUUAAAGACUAUUAUUAACGCGCUCUUGCACAGCUUCAAGCAACUAGCCGAGGUAAUGACACUAACGAUCUUCUGCUUGAUGGUUUUUGCCCUAUUCGCUCUGCAAGUUUACAUGGGUGAACUUAGGAACAAAUGCGUGAAGCAUCAAGAACCGAACACCACCCAGAUCGAUUGGAUCGAGUGGACUUGGAACUCGUCCAAUUGGGCUUUCAACGAGUACGAAGAGCCAAUCAUCUGCGGCAAUGUAACCGGCGCCAGACACUGUAACGAGAGCUACACCUGCCUUUGCGUUGGCCCGAAUCCAAACCACGGUUACACCAACUUCGAUAACUUCUUGUGGUCCAUGCUAACCACGUUCCAGCUGAUUACGUUGGAUUAUUGGGAGGACGUCUAUAACAAGGUAUUGUCGGCGUGCGGACCUAUUAGCGUCUCGUUCUUCACGGUGGUCGUGUUUUUUGGUUCAUUUUACCUAAUCAAUUUGAUGUUAGCUGUCGUGGCACUGAGCUACGAGGAAGAAGCUGAAAUUACGAACGAGGAACGAAGGAAGGAUUUAACCGACCAUCGUGAGGACUCGACGUUUAGUUUCGACCCGACGAAAAUCAACAUUAAGACUCUCACUAAGGAGAAGCAAAAAAAGAUAGACGCAAGGAAGGGUGUAUUAUUAAGCAGUUACACGAGAAAGAAGACGAGAAGAAGAAAACGCGGUAGGAGUUCGGCGGGCCAAGAGAAAAAUGGUGGCGCACGUAGCAGGUCAGUUACACCAAGUCCAAGCCCAAGUCCAAGACACUCGAACGUCAGGCCGUCGCAUCUUCCAUUACAAAAUGUAACACCAAGGCCACCGGAAGCGAGUACAGUUCAUAGGUUAGCACCGAAUCGUGGUAUGUUACAUUCGAGACAGGCAAGUAACAACAGUAAUCAACAAUCAUCGUUGGAUGAUUCCGGUGUUGUUGAUGAUCACGAUGGAGACGACGUUACGUCCGCUGAGGAACACGAGAAACGUGAACAUCACCAAAGAGAACAUAGGGUAGAACGUCAGGAUAAGGAUAAGGAUAAGAGUCAGGAUCAGGAUCAAGAAGAGGAUCAAGGGGAUGAGGAAACUAAAAUAGAAGUCACUUCUUGUACCGAUUGUCAACCAGCACCUGUUACCGUUUCCGUUAAAACGAGUAGUCGAGAAAUCAGAGUUCUCAAGUGCAAUGGCGUCAAAACGAAGAAACAUAUGUACGCGCUGCCUCCAGAGUACCUGUCGCAUAUUGUAGUUUUAGACGAUCUUCCAGAUAGAAACUGCGAGAGGUGUAUUCAAUGUUGCGUAGACUACGAGGGAUGGUUACGUUUUCAAAAUUGUCUUUAUAAGGUCGUAAGAGAUCCGUUGUUCGAGUUGAUGAUUACCCUGUGUAUCGUAUUGAACACUGGUUUUCUUGCGAUGGAACAUCACGGAAUGAGCGAGUCAAUACGACAGGCAUUGAACAUUGGGAACAAAGUGUUCACGAGUAUCUUCACGUUCGAAUGCUUUUUAAAAUUAUUAGCACUUAGCAAAGAUUUCUUCAACAACGGUUGGAACAAUUUCGAUUUGAUCAUAGUAUCAGCCUCGUUGAUCGACUUGACCUUUGAAUUGGUCGAUGGUUUAUCAGUGAUAAGAGGUUUAAGAUUGUUGAGGGUAUUGAAAUUGGCACAGUCAUGGACAACGAUGAAGGUCCUAUUAAGUAUAAUAAUUUCAACGAUCGGAGCUUUGGGUAAUCUAACGUUUGUCCUUGUUAUCGUGAUAUAUAUAUUCGCGGUGAUAGGGAUGCAAUUGUUCAGCAAGGAUUAUACCUUGGACAAGUUUUAUCCGGAUCCUGUGCCACGUUGGAACUUCAACGAUUUCUUUCAUUCGUUCAUGAUGAUAUUUCGUAUAUUAUGCGGCGAAUGGAUCGAGCCAUUGUGGGAUUGUAUGCGUGCGGAAAAGGAGGACGGUCCUGGUACCUGUUUCGCCAUAUUUUUACCAGCGUUGGUUAUGGGCAAUUUCAUGGUACUCAAUUUGUUCUUGGCCUUGUUACUCAACAGCUUCAAUUCGGAGGAAUUGAAGCAAAAGAAGGAAGAAGUUGGGGAGGAUUCAAAGUUGGCGAGAUCGUUCGAUCGGAUACGUUCGAUCGUUAAAAAGAAAAAAUAUCGUAAGGAAAAUUCGGAGAACGAGAAGAACAUGAGAUUGGAGCAGAUAGUUCGCGAAGUUAUGGACAAGUCCGAUAAAGAGAAAUAUGCUAUACAGGAGACGGUGUUGAGCCUACCAAAAGACAAUAUUUACAACAGAUCCUAUCAGGAGAGUUUGAAUCAACCUGUAUUCACUUACGAACCGAUAUAUCGUCAAGCUACUUUGACCACUUACAGUCAGAGCAGUCAAGAGACUGUUAAAGAAAAUAAAAGGAUAAUCGAGAAGGACGAGACCAAUGAAACAAACGUUGAGGAAAGUAUAGAAAUGGAAGUAUUGAAGGAUCCUGGUAAAACGGACGAGGAAGUUGCUAUGUUACCGGAAGAAAAAUCAUCCUCUCAACCGGUACGUAGAGAAGAAAGAAUAGAGAAACGACCUUGGCACGCAUUGGUCAGUUACGUCGACGAAUUGACCGUUGGUGGUAGAAGAGAUAGCAAGGGUAGAUACAUUGACGGAAUGGGCUCUUUUCCUAUGUUUGGACGUAAUAAAGAGCCGAAGGAACCUCAGGAUUGUUUUCCCCAACAUUGUUAUCAAAAAUGUAGCUGUAUCAAUCGUUGCUUAGUAACCGACAUAGGAAGAAAGUGGAUAAGAAUACGUACGGUUGUACUUUCUGUGGUCGACACACCUGCCUUCGAAUGGAUGAUCCUAGUAUUGAUAUUUGCAUCCUCGAUUACACUUUGCUUCGAAGAUAUAUAUUUGGAUGACAAUCCAUUCCUGAAGAAAAUCCUUUAUUGGACCAAUCUAGCUUUCUGCGCUUUAUUCAGCAUCGAGAUGCUUUUAAAGUGGUUGGCAUUAGGAUUUUGUAAAUACUUCACCAGUUUCUGGACGAUCCUGGAUUUUAUAAUAGUUUUCGUAUCCAUGUUUAGUCUUUUGAUAGAAGAAAAUGAAAAUCUAAAGGUACUACGCUCGUUGAGAACGCUAAGAGCACUGAGGCCUUUAAGAGCGAUAUCAAGAUGGCAAGGCAUGAGGAUCGUAGUGAACGCGUUGAUGUAUGCGAUACCUAGUAUAUUCAACGUGCUCCUCGUCUGUCUCGUGUUCUGGCUUAUAUUUUCGAUAAUGGGCGUCCAAUUUUUUGGCGGUAAAUUCUUCAAAUGCGUCGACGAGUAUGGAGAAUUAUUGGACAUAUCGAUAGUAAAUACAAAGGACGACUGUCUGAAUAAAAAUUAUUCAUGGGAGAAUAGUAAGAUUACAUUCGACCACGUUGGUAUAGCUUACUUGGCACUGUUUCAAGUGGCAACGUUCGAAGGUUGGAUGGAAGUAAUGGAGGAUGCCGUUGAUGCAAGGGGUGUCGACCUUCAACCCCAAAGGGAAGCUAAUCUUUACGCUUACCUUUAUUUCGUAAUAUUCAUCGUUUGCGGCUCCUUCUUCACAUUGAAUCUAUUCAUAGGAGUUAUUAUAGAUAAUUUCAACAUGUUAAAAAAGAAGUACGAAGGUGGCGUGCUAGAAAUGUUUUUGACCGAGAGUCAAAAACACUACUACACUGCCAUGAAAAAGCUCGGCCGUAAAAAGCCGCAAAAAGUAAUAAAACGUCCGAUCAACCAAUUCCUCGCAAUGUUCUACGACCUGUCCAAUUCCCGAAGAUUCGAAAUAGCAAUCUUCGUUUUGAUAUUUCUCAACAUGCUGACGAUGGGAAUCGAACAUUACAAUCAACCGCAUCCAAUAUUUUUCGUCUUAGAGGUGUCUAAUGCGUUCUUUACUACGGUGUUCGGUUUGGAAGCAAUUGUCAAGAUUAUUGGAUUACGUUAUCACUAUUUCACCGUACCGUGGAAUCUAUUCGAUUUCUUGCUCGUCUUAGCGUCUAUAUUGGGAAUACUUAUGGAAGAUAUCAUGAUGGACUUUCCCGUGUCCCCGACGCUCUUGCGGGUGGUGAGGGUGUUCAGAAUCGGUAGGAUCUUAAGGCUCAUUAAAGCCGCUAAGGGUAUUCGUAAACUUUUGUUUGCGUUGGUGGUCAGUCUUCCGGCAUUAUUCAACAUUGGAGCUUUACUUGCCUUGAUUACGUUCAUCUACGCCAUCAUUGGUAUGUCCGUAUUUGGACACGUCAGGAAACAAGGAGCUUUGGACGAUAUGGUAAACUUCGAAACGUUCGGCCGUAGCAUGCAAUUAUUAUUUCGUUUGAUGACAUCGGCCGGCUGGAACGACGUAUUGGAAUCAUUGAUGGUACAACCACCUGAUUGCGACCCAACCCCAACCAGUAGGAAAAUGAAUGGCGAUUGUGGUUAUCCGUUGUUGGCGAUAACGUACUUCACUUCUUUCAUCAUCAUCAGUUAUAUGAUCGUUAUCAAUAUGUACAUCGCUAUCAUUUUGGAAAACUUUAAUCAGGCUCAUCAGGAAGAAGAAAUUGGCAUCGUCGAGGAUGAUUUAGAAAUGUUUUACAUACGGUGGUCCAAAUACGAUCCACAUGCAACCCAAUUCAUCAGUUUCUCACAAUUAAGCGACUUCAUAGCGAGCCUAGACCCACCUCUGGGAAUAUCAAAGCCCAAUGUCGUUGCGUUGGUAAGCUUUAAUCUUCCCAUCGCGAAGGGUAACAAGAUCCAUUGUCUGGACAUCCUGCACGCACUUGUCAAGCACGUUCUUGGACACGUUGAAGAAUCCGACGAUUUUCGUAAGCUUCAAGAACAAAUGGACGUUAAGUUCAAGAAGCAAUUCCCAACUAGAAAGGAAUUGGAAAUAGUGUCUUCCACGAGAAUUUGGAAACGACAGGAUAAGGCUGCUAGGCUUAUUCAACGUACCAUUAGAGAAUAUAUCGCAAUGAAGAAGGAACGAGAAAGGAUUGCUCAAGAAGUGGAUUCGCAAACGCAAACAUCGAGUCCUGGUGGUGUUGGGAGCGAUGGUAGGGGCGGGGGUGGGUGGGGUGGAAAGCUGUCGGCCCUGCUGCACGUACACAGAGGUAGCCGGGCCAGUAGCCGCAAGUCCUCCAGGGCCAGCGACGCCAGCGAUCUCAGUGAGCUCGGGACAGCAUCAGCUUGGCUAUUUCCAAAUCUACCUUUGCUGUUGCUCUCCGGCGCCACGGGAACCCACGAGGACCUGCAACCCCCCGCCCUCACCGUGUCCCGUCCCUCACCGACCACGGAACAACCAUCGGCUGCAUCGAGUUCUGGAUCUGAUUCGCAUGUUACCGUUAGAUCGGUCGGUGCGACGUUGGGCCGUCAGGACGCCGUGGAAACAUAUCCAGACGAAGACGUCCUGAGUCCGCCGAGUUCGAAACGAAGUUCACUACGUACCAGCGGUACGACAUUGUCCCUGAACACUCUCCAACGGGACAUUAAGGAGGCCUUCAAUCGUCGUUGCAGUAGUCUUCGACGACGUCCACUAGCAGUACCAUUGACAACAACAACAACAAUCACAACAACCACAGCAACAGCAACGGCAACCGGAACAACAACAACAACAACAACAACAAUAUUACCAGAACCCGUAUCACUUCCUAUAGCUGACGGAAGUGACGUCAGUAUACUGGUGACCGAGCCUAGCCCAGAAAAUUCAGCGCCGCCAUUGUCCAGGCCACCGUUGAUAAGACAACAAUCGGAGGCAACGGUUGUUCACGUACUUGUACACAGAGAAAGCGAGGAGUAUAAAGAUCAGCAAGACGACAGCUGAUGAUCCUAAAUAAUCGAUUGAGAACUUGGGCCUGAGUCCCUCUUUGGUUUUUAUCAGGGGAGGGGGAAAGAAGGAUAAGGAUGAACUUUCAAUUAGAAGGAAUAGAGACGAGAGUGUGUGUGAGAGAGAGAGAAAAAGAGAGAGAGAAAGAGAGAGAGAGAGAGAGGGAGGGAGGUAUUUAAACUCUAAUCAAUGAGAAGACUCACGAAACUUUUAAAAUAGAAGGAAGUUAACAAUGUCUAAUGAUCUAUGUUAUUCUUCUUAUUCAUCAUUAUUAUCAUCUUCUUAUUAUUAUUAUUAUUCUUCUUCUUCUAAUUCUAAUUCUAAUUCUAAUUCUAAUUCUUCUUCUAAUUCUUAUUCUAAGAUUAUAGAACAAAUGAAUUAUACAACUGAGAGUGGGGGAGAGAGGGGGGGGGAGAAAGAGAGAGAGAGAGAGAGAGGAGUUCGUUCUCGAGUAUGUUGUACAUAUACAUAUAUAUAUAUUAUCGAUCGAUCGAUAACGAUCAUGAUAACGAUCACGAUCUCGAUCUCGAUAACGAAUCGAUUCUUAUAAUUAUUAUAGAGAAGACUCUUUAUAUAUUUCGAUUCUAAUGAAAAUUAGCGUUUUUAGAGGGAGGUCGUACAACAACUAAUGAAAAAAAGAAAAAGAAAAAAAAGGGAAAAAGAAGAAAAAAGAAAAAAAAAAUGAAAAUGAAAAAUUCUUCUUAUUACGACGUCUCUUCACAGUAAUUUUCAUUUGGAUAAACUAAAUAGGCGUGUUAUCGACUUCUCCAUAUACAUAUACAUAUAUAUGUAUGUGUGUGCAUGUAUGUGUUUUAUAUACAUAAAUUUUUUUUCUUAAUUAUUUUUUAAUCUUUUCUUAAUGACACGUUGAAAGAGACAAGGAUGAUAACAUUAAAAUUAAAUGAUUACGAUACUUUGUUUAUUCUAUACAUAUAUGUGUGUAUGUAAUACACAAGUAUGUGUAAUAACAAUACUCUAUAUUAUUAAUAUAAAUAAUUUUCUUGUUUUUUUUUCUUUCUUUUAUGUCAAAUCAGUAGGAGUUAUCUAAAAAGAAAGUAUUAUAUAAAGAAGCAUUUUUUCAUUAUUUCUAUUAUUACAAUAAUUAGUAUUAUAUUUUUAUCUUUUUUUUUUUUAUUAGUAUUAGUACAUAUAUGUUAAUAAUAUUAGAGUAUUAUUAUUAAUAAAAUUAAAUAUUAUUAUCACUCUAUAUCACUUAGUAUUAUCAUUAUUAUUAUGAUCAUUACAAUUGUUAUUAUAUUUAAAAAUUUUAAUUAUUCCACAUUAACGAAAAAAGAAAAAAAAAUAGGAAAGAAAAAAGAUCCUUGUCUCUUUAAAUCGCGAUCAAAGAUGUCUGGACCAAUUUUCGGGUGGAUUCGUUAAACACGUAUGCAAACACAUACAAACAUAAAAUUAUACGCCGAUCUUGAUAAAAAAAGAAAAGAAAAAAAAAGAGAGAAAAUAGAAUAUGCAAUCGAUAUUAAAUUAUUUCAUUUCUAAUCUUAUUAGAAAGAUCGUUAGCUCGCCUUCUAGUCAAUUCAGACCAUCGCUCGGGAGUGUAUAAAUGUUUGCUGCGAAGAACGUCUUUACAAUAAAAGAUAUAUGUAUAUGUAUAUAUAUUUAAAACAGAAAUGAGUAUACUGCCUCAAAAAUCGUAGGAUAGAUGAUUUACUCGGCGUUAAUUUUCUUCGGUGAGAGAUUAAAAAGAACAAGAAAAAAAAAAGAGAAGGAAAAGAAAUGACAAUGAGAAAGAGUGGAAAAAUAAAAAAAGAAAUAGUCGAAACAUUUCGUGACAGGAAGAAAGGAAGAAUAAAAGCGAAUAGAUAAUAUUAACAAUAACAACAACAACAACAACAACAACCACAAAUUAAACCAAAUCAAAGAGAAUAAAGAAAAUAAAAAGAACAGUAAUAACAACAAAUACAUAAGUAUACACUGAGAAAGGAAAGUGAAGGAGGAGAAGGUAAAAAAAAAUAUAAAAAAAUAAGACAUGAAAAGAAAAGGAGAAAAGAGGAAAAUAGAUGUAAAGAAACAACUGAAAUAAAAGGAGAAAAAAAAUAAGAAACGUAAUAUACAACGUGACGUGGCUUCCUUCCUUUAUUCUAAUUACGAUAUACAAUAUAAGCUUCAUUUUCUCUUUUCGUAAUAUAUAUAUAUAUAUAUAUAUAUAUAUAUAUAUAUAUAUAUAUAUAUUGUAUAUUUUUUCUUUUUUUUUUGAUAUAUUAUUUUUGCAUUCUCGACAUUUCAAGAGAGAGAAAGAGAGAGAGAGAGAGAGAGAGAGAGAGAGAGAGAGAGAGAGAGAGAGAGAGAUCGAUAAAAUGGCCGAUAAAAAAGAAAGAUUUAUGUGACCUCGUUAGAUGCAACCCUUACGUCGAUUACGUUCCUUUUUAAUUAGUGUAACACACACGUAGUAAAGUUUAUUACAGCAUCUCUGAUUUAAAAGUUCUCAAAUAUUCGAAUUAUUUUCACUGACCUCGAACGCUUUUUAAAAGGGAGGAAGAAAGAAAUGGAAGUGAAAAAGACAAAAUGUAAAAUAGAAAAAGAAAAAUAAAAUAGGAAGAAAAAAAAUAUGACGAGUAUAUAUAACUAAACGACUGAAUGACAAAGAUGGAAUGAAAUAGAGGGGGGUGGGGCAAACAAAAAAAAAGAUAUAAAUAAAAAAUACAAAAUAAAGGAGACAAGAAAAAAAUGGCGGAUUUUUUAGAAUAAUACAAAUGUAAAAAAAAAUCGAAUAAACGAGAACGCUUACACACACCCACGUAUACACCCACGUGCACAUCCAUAUCCACAUCCACAUUCACAUCCACAUUCAUACCCACACACAUGCAUACAUACAUACAUACAACAUACAUACAUACAUAUACACACGCAAUUCAUGUGAAAAUAUUAUAUAAAAAAUUCGUCAUGGUUAUAAGUAAGUAUAUGUGAAAUAAUGAUUAUGUACAUAUGUAUAUGUAUAUGUAUGUAUAUAUCCAUUGAAGAAUUCAAGAAAUUGAUAAACAAAAUGGGGAACGUGGGUGGAAUUUCUCGCGCUAGUUUUUCACAAAGGUACAACGAAUAUUUCCCUUUAGGUUGGUUAACAAUUAAAUAACAGCGAGAAAAACGAUGCGUUGGGAUAAUUUCUUAUAUCUCGCUUCUCUCUUUUUUUUUGCUCGAGCGUAUGCACGAGAAAGAGAGAGAGAGAGAGAGAGAGAGAGAGAGAAAGAGUGAAAGAAUAAAACAAAGAGAGAAGGAUAAAGAAAGAUAGAGAGAGAUAAGCAACCACCGAAUAUAUUAUAAAAAUACAUUAAACGACGAGAAAAACGAAAGAAAUAAUUUCUUAGAAGGAAGAGAGAUAAUUAAACGAGAGAAUUACUAUGAUAAUAAUAAUAAUAAUAAUAAAAAAAAAAAAUUAAAUAAAAAAUAACAAAGCUUCGCCUCCUCCACCAUCUUAUAUAGCCCCUCGAGGGAAACAAAAUAGAAAAGAAAAGAAGGGAAAAGAAAAGAAAGAAAAACAAGAAAAUUAAGAAGAUAAUGAAAAUAAUGAUGAUAAUGAUGAUAAUUAUAACAACAAUGAUGAUAAUGAUGAUGAGAAUCAUAAGAAAGGUGAUAAAAGUGAUUAGAAAAAAUUUACCUUCUUCUUCGCGUAAUCCUCCUUCCUUCCUCUUCUUCUCUCAUUUUCUUAUUACUUCUUCCUAUUUGUCCGAUAAAAAAAAAAUUUCUCAUCGAACAGCAGAAAUCCCUCGACAUCAUCAUCACCAAUAUCGACACCAUAAUAAAACCUUUUAAUCCCAACGACACGAACAACCGCCCAUAAUAAAUCAAGCGUAUAGACUUGAACAUUGUCAGAGAGUUGAUAGAAAGAAAACGAAAGAUAAAGAAAAAUAAAGGGAGGGAGAGAGAGAGAGAGAGAGAGAGUUGUCACGAAUUCAUGUCGACCUAUAGUGCCUAUUUAAUUAGCGGACACUGAGUAAUAUCGCGAGGACGAUAUAUGUAUUUGUCACGUUUCCAUUUUACUAAACAUUUUUUCCAAGCGAACGUGACGAUUAUGUAUCUAUAAAUAAUCGAAAGGGGAUAUAGGAAAAGAUUAAAAGAAGUGAAUAAGUAAUUAAGAAGAAGAAAAAGAAAAAAAAAGAAGGGAGGAAAGAGAAGAAAAAAAAAAAAAGAAAGAAACAGAACAAAGAACGACACAAAAAAGACAAAGAAAGGAAUAAAAAGAGAGAGAAAGGGAAAGCUUAGAUUUUGAAAUUAGAGAACCCGAGAUGGAAACGAAAAAUAAAUAAAUAAAUAAAUAAAUAAAUAAUAAUAAAUAAAAUAAAAUGAAUAAAUAAAUAAAUAAAUAAAAUAAAAAUUGAAAUGGAGGAAAGGGAACGACAAAGGUAAAUAAAAUAAAAAUUAAGCCUAUUAUUUAGAUUAUUAGAAACAUACUCGUGCUUUUAUUCGAAUAAGAUCGACGGUCGAUAAUGUUUUUCUCUCGUAUGAAGCUCGGUGAUAUAGGAAAUGAUAUUAUCGACGGGUACGCUUUCCCGCUUGUGUGGGACCGAGUUAACCUAAAUAUACGUCGCGAGAGUAACUCUCGCGAGAGUGUUGGUUUUCGCGAGGCAUAUAUAAUAAAGUUAUAUGUCAAUUAAAGAUUAUAAAUAUAGACAUACAUAUAUACGUAUACACAUAGUAUACAUAUAUGUAUAUACAUAUAUAUACACACACAUAUAUAUAUAUACAUAUACAUGUUAAUUAAUUAAUUAAUUAAUUAAUAACGUUAAUAUAUAAAAUCCAGCGACGCACGAUAGCAACUAUAUACAUACGUACGUAUAUACAUAUAUACAUGUAUAGUAUGUAUAAGAGAAUUAAAAAAAAAAAAGAAAAAAAAUAAUAAAAAUAAAAAAAAUAAAAUAAAAAAAAAGAAGGUUAAGUUUUACCACAUUAUUCCAAAUAAAAAUAAAUUAAUUAAUUAAUGAAUUAAUAAUAACUAGAUAAAUAAAUAAUUAAAUAAAUAAUUAAAAAAUAUAAUGGUGAACACAAGAGAAAAUUAAAUAAAUGCGUACAAUCAUGCGUGGGAUGGCUGUUUAGGCAUCCUAGAGAUCGUUUUAGAUAUUAGACUCGUAAUAAUACAUAAUUUGUCGAAUCCGCGCGUGUAUGUAUGUGUAGACGAUUAAAUAAUUCAAAUGAUUACGACGAAAAAGUGAUUAACAAGAAGAAGAAAAAACAAAGAAAAAAUAAAUGAAUGAAUAAAUAAAUAAAUAAAUAAAUAAAUAAGUAAAAAAAAAAAGAAACACAGCAGCACAUACUCGUCCUCGCUGUUAUUGUAAAAUGAUUAAUGUAAAAUAAGAUGAAUGUGGUGUGGAAUGAUGACUACAUAAUAUGUAUGUAUGUCGUCGCAAUAACGACAAUCCCUAUUGUUGUUAUUUAAAGAUGAUGAUGAUAAUGACAAUGAUGAUGAUGAUGAUGAUGAUUGUUGUUAUUAUUAUUAUUAUUAUUAUUAUUAUUAUUAUUAUUAUUAUUGUUAUCUUUGUCAUUACUAUUAUUAUUUAAUUAAUUAAUAGGACCACCCAUGUAGAACAAGUUAAUUCAACAAAUUCCAAAACGAUUAUUCUUUCGAUCUAUCCGAUUAUUAUGGAUCACUAACGUACUCUCGCUUGAGAUCCAUAUUUUCUGACGAACAUAUAUAUAUAUAUAUUAAAACACAUACGUGAGAGAUCAUACGGAUCAAUGGAAAAAAGAUAAAAAAAAAAAAGACAGAAAAAGAAACAAUUUUCACAAAGAAAUUGCGUGAAAAAUUAACGAUUUACAUAUAUAUGUUACUUACGUAUCGAAAGUUUGUCGUCAAGGACAUUGUAUUUUCCAAAUUAUUUUUUUGAUAGUACGUAAAAAUGGGCAAUACAAUGAUUUCUCAAGAGAGAGACGAAAUAGAAAAUGAGCUUCAAACGAGUUUAGAAAUGUAGAAUGAGACUGUCACACGAUUACAUAUAUAUAUAUAUAUAUAUAUAUAUAUAUAUGUAUACACAUAUGUGUGUGUGUGUGCGCACAUAUACAUAUAUAAACAAUACAUAUUAUAUUAAAAAGGUAGAUCGACAUCGAAGGUCAUGAAAAUUUCAUAGAAUGCGUAAGGAAUAGCAUAUCAAUGAAGAAGAAAAAACAAAUAAACAAAUAAGCGAAAUGAGUUGUAGAAAACAAGAACAAUUGUUCGAGUUCGUUCGUGUUUGUAUGGAAAAAAAUGAAGAAAAGAAAGAAAAGCAAAAACGAAGGGAACGAAACAAAGAAAGAAAAGAGCAAAAAAAAAAAAAAGUAGUAAAAAAAAUGGCCGACGAUUUUGAACGAUAUGCGAAAAUAUUAUUAAUAUAGUUCGAAUUAAACCUGUCGAAAAUUUUCUUCGAUAAUAUUCCAUUUGCAUUAUUUCGAUCGAUAUAAGAAAAAAAAAAAAGAAAAAAAAAAAACACGCGAAGCAACAAAAAGAAAAAAAAAAGAAAAGAAAAAAAAAUACGAGCUUUCAAUCCCCUUUUUAUUAUAAUAUUAUACGUCAUCUCGUCUAUGAUAUAUACAUAUUUCUUCUUUAUUUAUUUAUUUCUUUAUUUAUUUCUAAUAUUUAUAUAUUAAUUUUCUCUUUCAUUAGAAAUAUUUUAAAAACACGAUGGCGAUGACGAGGAAAUAAAAAAAGAAGCGUCGUUGAAAAAAAAAAAAAGAAUAAAGAAAUAAAAAAUUUCGUCGCUUUGUUCUUACGAUCUUCAUAUUGCAUCAUCAAUAUAUAUAUAUAUAUAUAUAUAUAUAUAUAUAUAUAUAUAUAUAUAAUUGGAUUAUAUCGCAAUUAUAUUAAAAAUUUUCUCGCCACGAAAGCAAAUAUGGCGACGAGACGGCUUGCUUUCCUGCAAUUUGCUUGGGCAUUUAAGAUUAAAAAGAAAGAUUGGAUGGAAGGGAAGAAAGAAAGAAAGAAAGAAAGAAAAAAAAAAAGAAAAACUAACACAUUAAUAAUAUCAUUGACAAUAUUAAUUAUCCACCGCGGGAGAUAUAAAGUAGAAAUAUACAUUAACGACCAUUGUGCGGGUUGAAUGCCCAGUCAAAAAAUAAAUGAAUAAAUUAAAUAAUUAAAAUAAAAAAAAAAAAAAAAUAAAAAAAAUAAAAAAAUUGAGGAACGUGAGAUCGCUAACGUGAAAAAAUGCGCGCGUUCAAUUUUUCGAGGAUCUUUUUGUCCUUAAAAAAGAAAAAAUAAGAAAGAAAAAGAAGAAUUAUAUACGCAGGUGGGAAAUGAAAAAUUUCCUGGACGUUCUUAGAUGAUUUUAAAAAUCGAUUACACUUUUUCGAAAUAAUUUUGGGAUAAUUUUUUUUACGUCUUAAAACGUACGAGCUAAGCUUGUAGUUUUAAAAUCCAAUGAAGUAAACAUAGAAAACAAAAGAAGAAAAAGAAAAGAAAAAGAAAAAAAGAAAUUACUCUACGACGUUUCGAAAAAGAAUUGAUAUAGUAAUUAAUUUUUAAAAAUCAUCUAGUAACUUUUGACCUACUUAUAUAUAUAUAUAUAUAUAUAUAUAUAUAUAUAUAUAUAUAAAAUGAAAGAGAAAGAAAAAUUAUAUUCGUCCUUGAUUGGAGAAAAAUCGUAGCUUUGAUCAUUCCGCACAAUGUGAUCGUCAACUAAAAGGCCUAUCGUAAUAAAUAAAUAAAUAAAUAAAAAGAAAAAAAAGAAAGAAAAUAAUUAAGGAGCGCGGAUGUUAAUUAAUGUCUUCGCACAAUAAUGAUUUUAUUUGAAAAUUUUAUUUAAACGAUUCUAAUCGAAAUGUUUCUUAUCGUCACACAUACAAACACACACACACACACACACAGAGAAGGACAUGCACGUGUUCGAUCGAAGCAAGAACGUUCAGAGAAUAAAAAAUUAAAUACGAUUCCCCAUCGAUUUAACGUUAAAUUUGUUCGUAAACUAUAAUCCAUUUAGAGGAAUAAAAUUAUUAUUAUUAUUAUUAUUAUUAUUAUUAUUAUUAUUGUAAUAAUUAUUAUUCUCUCGUACGAGUAUUCGAGUUUCAUUCGCACUUGUUGGCCUUCAAUUAAAAAUCUUAUAAUAAUGUAUCUAUGUAUGACGUAUGUAUGUAUGUAUGUAUGUAUGUAUGUAUGUAUGUAUGUAUGUAUGUAUGUAUGUAUGUAUGUAUGUAUAUAUGCAUGUAUGUAUGUACGUAUGUAUGUAUGUAUGAAAAAGAAAGAAAGAAAAUGAAAAAGAAAAAGAAAAGGAAAAAAGAAGUAGAAGAAGGUAACAAGGGCGAAUUUAAUCCCGUUCACAUAUGUAUGUAGAAAAGUAAAUUGUUAACGAAAUUGAAUAAUGAAUAUAAAUAAUAACGGAAUAUAAAUAAUAAUUAAUAAUUAAAACAGA